AUUUAUUUGUAAACAAAACCGACAUGCUUAUAAUAUUUGAGUAGUUUUUAUGUUUUUGUGUGAUCAGGCACAUUUAUUCUACACAUUAUAUGAUUUAAAUAUAAGAAUUGAAACAAAGAAUACUUGCCAACAUAUAUACUCCUAAAAGGCGACACGUUAUAACCUUCAGAAACAAUAAUUAUCAAAAUGAUUUAAUCAGGAGUUAAUUCCCCUUACCAAGUCUUUAGUGAAAGAAACGAUAAUCUUGGAAAUCGCGGGAAUUCUAUUGCUCUGUUUUCCCUAACUGAUACUGUUAAAGAUCUUAUACAUAAAAACGCACAAGAUGCAGAAGGCUAUUACGAGAUGUUUAACAAUUGUCAGGAUUUUCCCUUCAAGAUGUUUUUGGUGGGAUAAUAUACAUAGAACAUAUGGCCCUGUUAACAAGACCUUUCCUUAUUCUAACCUUGCUCUCCAGUUUAACUGUCAAAGGUCCUUUUUUACCAAGGGUGCAGCUCCUGCAUCUAAAAAAGAUUCUCCGGAGAAGACCCCAUUAAGAGUGAAAAAUAAUUCACCAAAGAAAACUGAUAGUCCAGUCAAAAAUGACAUUGAUUCACCAAUUAAAGUUCGAAGUAAAAAGAAAUCACGAGUCAUUGAAAGUGAUGAAGAGGAAGAAAAUGAAGUCAAUCUUGAUGAAAAUACCAAAUCUGAAGAAAUUAAAACAGAAAAAGAAAUGAAACCAAAUGACUCAGUGAAAGACAAGAAAGAUGAUGCAGUUAAAAGUACACCCAAAGCAAAAGAUAAAUCUGAAGUCAACACUAUUAAGGAAGAAGAAGCUUCACCAUUAAAGUCACCAGGUGGAUUUCCAAUAAGAAAAACAGCCCGUAAGAGUAUGGGAAUGGGUAGUGCUGUAAAGAGAAAAAGUUUGGCUGAUUCAAGUCCCAAGGCAUCUGAUAUACAAAGUCCAGCUAAACGUAGAAAAUCAGAAACACCAGUCCAAUCAGAAUGCUUAGAAGACAAAGAUGAUUUAGGUAUCAAGCCAUUACCCUGUGAUGAUGUAGAAAUGAAGGAAGAUAUUAAAGAGGAUGAAGAAGUAAAGAAAAUAAAAGAUGAAGAAGAAAUAGAUGAGAAGCCUAAAAAAUCACAAAAAACUAAGAAAACUCCUGACAGUAAGAAGACAAAAUCUUCAAAAUCCAGUGAAAGUAAAAAUAAACCUGUUCAUGAUUUCUUUUCUCCUAAAGUAAAGAAGGAAGUCAAGAAAGAGCAGAUUACUCCAGAGAGUAAGAAGAAAAGUCCUAAAAAGGAGCCCAAAAGUCCAGAAAAAAUCAAGAAAGAAGACAAGGCUGAGAAAAUUACUAAAGACAUAAAAAAUGAAACAACAGAUGAAGUUGACAGGCUGUGCAUAUCAAAGAUUCUUCCACAGAUGGAAAUUGAAAGAGAGCAGACAAAUGUAAAAGCAAAUUUCCCUCAUUCUACACUGCAUGACUUUGCCCAUCUUCAUUAG